AUGGAGAACCGGGGUGUGCCUCCCGGACCUUAUCGGGCCACCAAAUUGUGGAAUGAAGUAACCACAUCAUUUCGGGCAGGAAUGCCUUUAAGAAAGCAUAGGCAACACUUUAAGAAAUAUGGUAAUUGUUUCACCGCAGGUGAAGCUGUGGACUGGCUUUAUGACCUAUUAAGAAAUAAUAGUAAUUUUGGUCCUGAAGUUACAAGGCAACAGACUAUCCAACUGCUGAGAAAAUUUCUUAAGAAUCAUGUAAUUGAAGAUAUCAAAGGCAGAUGGGGAUCAGAAAAUCUUGAUGACAACACUCAGCUAUUCAGAUUUCCUACAACUUCUCCACUUAAAGCUCUUCCAAGAAGGCAUCCAGAAUUGAGAAAAAACAGCCUAGAGAACAUUUCAAAAGAUAAAGAGAAUGUUUUUAAAUUCCGAAACUUAUCUCGUAGAACUCCUAAAAAGCAUGGAUUACAUUCCUCUCAGGAAAAUACAGAGGAAAUAAAGUGUGAAGUAAUUGAUGAAGACCAAGAAAACUCAGUUGGUAGCAAAGAAAUAAAACAAGAAGAUGUUGAAGAAGUUUGGAGAUAUGUUAUUCUGAUCCACCUGCAAACGAUUUUAGGUGUCUCAUCCCUAGAAGAAGUCAUAAAUCCAAGACAAGUAAUUCCUCAGUAUAUAAUGUACAACAUGACCAAUACAAAUAAACAUGGAGUAGUUAUACUACAAGACAAAUCAGAUGACCUUCCUCACUGGGUAUUAUCUGCCAUGAAGUGCCUAGCAAAUUGGCCAAGAAGUAAUGAUAUGAAUAAUCCAACUUACGUUGGAUUUGAAAGAGAUGUAUUCAGAACAAUUGCAGAUUAUUUUCUAGAUCUCCCUGAACCUCUACUUACCUUUGAAUAUUACGAAUUAUUUGUGAAUAUUUUGGUUGUUUGUGGCUACGUCACAGUUUCAAAUAGACCCAAUGGGAUACAUAAAAUCCAAGAUGAUCCACAGUCUUCAAAAAUCCUUCACGUAAACAAUUUGAAUUCCUUCAAAUCAACUGAGUGUCUUCUUCUCAGUCUGCUUCAUAAAGACAAAAACAAGGAGGAAUCAGAUUCUACUGAGAAACUACAGAUAAGUGAUCCAGGAUUUCAAGAAAGAUCUGCUAAGAAAACCCAGCUAGUAAAUUUAAGAAACAGAAGAGCCAGUGCUAAUGACAUAAUGGGAGGAAGUUGUCAUAAUUUAAUAGGCUUAAAUAAUAUGCAUGCUCAGUCUUCUAACAUCAAAUCAAGGUGCUACUCUUUGGAAGGCAUUGUAGAUAUACCAGACAAUUCAAGUAAAGAGGUCUCCAGUGUCUUCUGUCAAUCUGUUUCUAAUAUAGAAAUACAAAAUAAUAAACAAUUUUUAGAAUCCAAGCCCUUAUUGAAUCAUCACUCAAAAGAAAUUAUUCAAAAACCAGUCUCUGUUGGUUUUAAGAGAACCUCUACUUCCACUGUUCAGGACCAAGAAGAGUUAUCUAAUGGGAAAUGCAAACCAAAGCAGCUUUGUAGAUCUCAGAGUUUGCUUUUAAGAAGUAGUGCAAGAAAGAAUAGUUACAUGAAUACACCAGUGGCUGAAAUUACCAUUAAACCAAAUCAUAUCACUCAUUUUGGACAAAUCAGCUCAAGUGUACAAACAGCUGUGAAAAGUCAACCUGGAGAGUCUACCACAUUCAAUAAAAGACUCUGCAAAAGUACAAUAACACUUUCAGAAAAUUCCUUUUCUCCAACUUCUAUGUUGACUGGCACACAAAGUUUGCUGCAGCCUCAUUUAGAAAGGGUUGCCAUUGAUGCUCUACAAUUGUGUUGCUUGUUGCUUCCCCCACCAAAUCGUAGAAAACUUCAACUUUUAAUGCGAAUGAUUUCUCGAAUGAGUCAAAAUGUUGAUAUGCCCAAACUCCAUGAUGCAAUGGGUACAAGAUCACUGAUGAUGCAUACAUUUUCUCGGUGUGUGCUAUGCUGUGCGGAAGAAGUAGAUCUUGAUGAGCUGCUGGCUGCAAGAUUAGUUUCUUUCUUAAUGGAUCAUCAUCAGGAAAUUCUUCAAGUACCCUCUUACUUACAGAGUGCAGUGGAGAAACAUCUUGACUGCUUAAGGAAGGGUCAUAUUCAAAUUCCUGGAGAUGGAUUGAUUACUCCGUUGCCAACUUAUACAUAUUGUAAGCAGAUUAGUGCAGAAGAGUUUGAUAAACAAAAAAUUUCUACCUCUCAAGCUGCAAUUGCAGAACUUUUAGAGAAUAUUAUUAAAAACAAUAGUUUGCCUCUAAAGGAGAAAAGGAAAAAACUAAAACAGUUUCAGAAGGAAUAUCCCUUGAUAUAUCAGAAAAGAUUUCCAACCACAGAAAGCGAAGCAGCACUUUUUGGUGACAAGCCUACAAUCAAGCAACCAAUGCUGAUUUUAAGAAAACCAAAGUUACGUAGUCUAAGAUAUUGAAUUUAAGAAGAUGUAAUACUUGUAGAACUGUAAUAAAUGAAGCCAUAUGUGAGAAUUCAUCUACU